UCUUUCCUCGUUUGUGUUCCCAUUCUUCCAAUUCCAGAAUAUUUGAGAUGCUUCUCGAAUCAUUCACAAGCUGAAUAUAUACCUGAAUCCAACUCUUCCCAUUCUAAAAAUUCUCUUUCAAAAUCUCAUAGUUUUAUUUGUUGCUGAUUCACAAAAAACAUUUAAAGAAAACGAAAACUGUUAUUCAUUUUUUAUCUUGUGUUUUUUUGUGUGUGAAUUAGUAAAAUGGCGAAAGAAGGACCUAAUUGGGAUGGAUUGCUCAAAUGGAGUAUUGCUAACUCUGAUGGUACUCGUCCCACGCGUAAUUUAAGUGAGGAGGAUCGGAGAUGGUUCAUGGAAGCGAUGCAAGCACAAACCGUUGAUGUUGUAAAACGUAUGAAAGAGAUCACACUUGUAAUGCAGACUCCUCAGCAAGAAUUGGAAGAACAAGGGGUUACCCCUACAGAUAUUGAAGAUAUGUUGGAUGAGCUGCAAGAGCAUGUUGAAUCGAUUGAUAUGGCCAAUGAUCUCCACUCAAUAGGUGGGUUGGUUCCUCUCCUUGGUUAUCUCAAGAACUCUCAUGCCAAUAUUCGAGCAAAGGCGGCUGAUGUUGUAACCACAAUCGUCCAAAACAAUCCUCGAAGUCAGCAACUUGUCAUGGAAGCAAAUGGCUUCGAACCUCUUGUUUCAAAUUUCAGUUCAGAUCCUGAUGUUAAUGUUCGAGCUAAAGCAUUGGGUGCUUUAUCUUCCCUAAUUCGACACAAUAAGCCCGGAAUCACUGCAUUUCGUCUAGCAAAUGGUUAUGCGGCCUUAAAAGAUGCACUGACCUCUGAAAAUGUGAGAUUUCAAAGGAAGGCUCUCAACUUGAUCCAUUACUUAUUGCAUGAGAACAGUUCAGACUGUAACAUCGUGAAAGAGCUAGGGUUCCCUCGUAUAUUGAUGCAUCUUGCCUCUAGUGAAGAUGCAGAUGUUCGUGAAGCUGCCCUUAAAGACCUUCUCGAGCUUGCUCGCGAUACAAAAGAUGGCUCAAAUUGCUCUGCAGAAGAUAACGAGAAGAUGAAGCAACUUCUUCAAGACCGAAUAGAAGGCAUCAGUUUAAUGUCAGCUGACGAACUUGAAGCAUCUAGGGAGGAAAGACUGCUUGUGGACUCUCUUUGGAGUACAUGCUUUGACGAGCCGUCUUCGCUUCGAGAGAAAGGUCUUCUUGUUCUUCCUGGAGAAGAUGCACCUCCUCCUGAUGUUGCUAGCAAACACUUUGAGCCUCCUCUUAGAGCCAAUGCUAGUAACUCUAAUUCCAAGAAAGAUUCCAACAAUGAAAAGAAAGAGGCCCCUUUACUUUUAGGGCCAGGGCCUUAAGCUGGAGAGACCAAUCAAUGAAGUUAAUUCAAGUAGAGAAGGAAAUGCUACAGAUAACACAAGAUGAAUCAUAAAUGUUUCUAGCAUGUUACUUUAUUAUCUUGUGUUUUAACUAGAUUGUUAUUAUCAGUUUAUAGUGCAAUAGUUAAUUAUUUCUUUCACCCUAUAUGCUUAUUGUGCUAGUUUUAUUUCUUUCUCAACCUCAUAGUCAUAGAUUGGUAUUCAAUUGUAUUUUUGGGGUGAUCUCUCUUUGGUAUGUUGCAAUGUAUUUAGCCUUCCAUGGAUAUAAGUUGGUUACUUUUUGCUUCUAAAUGGGGAUGUUACAAAUACUUUUUGAACAUUGGAAGAUCUAUUGGAGGGUGUAAAACAGAAAGUAACUCAAGGUUUAUUUUCUCGAAUUAGUUUUCUAAUCCCCUUGGGUGUAUAUUGUGAUUAGAACCGAUCAAUAUAUUGGGUUGAAGUACAUUUGUACUCAACAAACCCCCAA